AGAUUGAGUUUAUUAGUUUGAUCGGAGAAAUUUAGAAAUUUCACAAAUUGAGCGUCGAAGAUGUCAACGGAGAGACGUUCUUCGUCAAAUCCGAUGACCAACGAAGAGAACGCUAUGUUCCUUGACAUAUUGCAUGAAGCACCAUUAUUUGGUCACAGGAAAUCUAGAAGCCUUGUUGGAAGUUACCUCUAUAUGGUUCUAUUGGCAAGUUAUGCUAUUUUAGCUGCUGGAGCUCCUUGGAUAUUUCACCGAGUCGAACAGUUGACCCCUUCGUUGCUCUGCUGCUGUGAUGUUGCGCUUUUGGUUGUCACAGGUAUCUUUCAACAAUACUUUGUUUAUCAAGUCCAGAAAAUACGUCUCCAGGGUUAUUACAGUUUCAGUCAAAAGUUGAAGCAUGUUGUUCGUCUGCCAUUUGCAAUCGCUGCAUAUGGGACAGCUGCAAUGCUUCUUGUGAUAGUGUGGAGGCCUCAAUUCCACAUUCUUUCUAUUUCUUCUUUACAACGGAUCAUCAUGUUGGUUGAAGCAGUGUGCGCUGGCUUCUUCAUGGGUUUAUACAUCGGUUAUGUGCACCAAUACAAUUCCGUUAAUUCCCGGCCAGAUGUCUUGAAGUCAUUAUAUUCUCCUCUUCAGCCGUCAAGUUCUAUGGAAGGUUUAAGGUAUUAUGAAGGCCGGCUUUCUGAUCAACAAACGGCUUUGUUACAAUAUCAACGUGAAAAUCUCCAUUUUCUAAGCGAGGAGAUUCUGUCCUUGCAAGAGAAACUUAGCAAAUAUGAACAAUCUGAUGAUGGAAGCACACCUCAGGUUGAUCUUGCACAUCUUUUAGCUGCUCGAGAUCAAGAGCUAAGGACACUUUCAGCUGAGAUGAAUCAGCUUCAGUCUGAGCUACGGCUUGCUCGUUCUUUGAUAGCGGAGAGAGAUGCAGAGGUGCAGCGUGUCAACAGUACCAACAAUCAGUAUAUUGAAGAAAACGAAAGGCUACGCGCAAUUUUGAGUGAAUGGAGCAUGCGGGCAGCAAAUCUUGAGAGAGCUUUGGAAGUAGAGCGGAUGUCGAACUCAGAACUACAGAAAGAAGUAGCAGACGGGCGUAGAAAGCAGAUGCUUGAAACAACAACAUCUGAGCAACCUUAAUUGUAAAAUGGGAAACAAUGCUUAUAGGUUUUUAACAUAAUCUCAGGAGUUUGAUGGUGUUAACUAAAAAGAUCAUGGAAUCUCUCUACUGAAAAAAGUUUGUGUAGUGAAAGGCUUGAAAAAGAGCUCUUGCUUGUAUAAAAUCCUCUCUUUUUU